CGGAAAUUAGGAGGCGUGAAAUCGCAGGAAACGGAGGCGGAAAAUACUAGAAAAGUCCAGUUCUAGAAAGCACACAUACACCUCUACUCUUCAAACAACAGAAACGUCGAAAAGUCAAGUCUGAAGCAAGGCUCUUAAAUUUGUCUGCGCUCAUCACUCAUCAGUGACGGAAACAAAUUUGUUUCGUGAUUGUUCAACAUCCGAGUUGAUAUUUACGCAUAUUGGGUGAUAGAGAACAGUUUGAUAAGUAGUGAAAACCCGCGGAAUUGGCAUGGAAGACAUGCGGAUAUCUCCGGCCGUUCCAAGGGGAAGUCCGGCGAAAGAGCAGCAAGCCGCCGGCGUCGGUAUUCUUCUGCAGAUUAUGAUGCUCGUUCUAUCAUUUGUUCUCGGCCACGUUCUUCGUCGUCAUCGUUUCUAUUACCUUCCUGAAGCCAGUGCUUCUCUUUUGAUCGGUUUAAUUGUGGGUGCGCUGGCAAAUAUAUCCAAUACGGAGACUAGCAUCAGGGCAUGGUUCAACUUCCACGAGGAGUUCUUCUUCUUAUUUCUGCUGCCCCCGAUUAUAUUUCAAUCGGGGUUCAGUCUGCAACCUAAACCGUUCUUUUCUAACUUUGGUGCCAUAGUCACAUUUGCAAUUUUUGGAACUUUUGUUGCUUCUGUUGUCACUGGCAUUUUGGUCUACCUUGCUGGAGUGACAUAUCUCAUCUACAAACUUCCUUUUGUUGAGUGUCUGAUGUUUGGUGCUCUUAUCUCGGCUACUGAUCCUGUCACCGUUCUGUCUAUAUUUCAGGAGCUUGGUACAGACGUUAACCUCUAUGCUUUGGUAUUUGGUGAAUCCGUGCUAAAUGAUGCAAUGGCAAUUUCAUUAUACAGGACAAUGUCAUUGGUGAGGAGUAAUAUGUCAUCAGGUCAAAAUUUUUUCAUGGUUGUGGUCAGAUUUCUGGAGACUUUUGUUGGCUCAAUGUCAGCAGGAGUUGGAGUUGGAUUCACUUCUGCUUUGCUUUUCAAGUAUGCUGGUCUAGAUAUCGACAAUCUUCAAAACUUGGAGUGUUGUCUCUUUGUUCUUUUUCCAUAUUUCUCAUACAUGCUAGCAGAAGGGCUUGGUCUCUCUGGUAUUGUAUCUAUAUUGUUCACUGGAAUUGUCAUGAAGCAUUACUCUUUCUCAAACUUGUCAGACAAGUCUCAGAAAUUUGUGUCUGCAUUUUUCCAUCUGAUAUCAUCAUUGGCAGAGACUUUUGUAUUUAUCUACAUGGGAUUUGACAUUGCCAUGGAACAGCACAGCUGGUCUCAUAUUGGAUUUAUCUUUUUCUCAAUUUUAUUCAUUGGAAUUGCAAGAGCUGCAAAUGUGUUCUCGUGCGCAUAUUUGGUGAAUUUGGUUAGACCUGCACAUAGAAAAAUACCAAUGAAGCAUCAGAAAGCACUUUGGUAUAGUGGGCUUCGAGGGGCUAUGGCUUUUGCAUUAGCCCUGCAAUCAGUUCAUGAUCUUCCAGAAGGACAUGGUCAGACAAUAUUCACCGCCACAACUGCAAUAGUUGUUUUGACGGUCUUGUUGAUAGGAGGGUCAACAGGAACAAUGCUGGAAGCUUUACAGGUUGUGGGUGAUGACCAUGAUACAUUGGGGGAAGUAAGUCAUGCACUUUCUGGUGAAGAAUUGAGCUUUGACACAAACAAUGGCUACAGAGCUCCUACUUAUGAGGGGGAAUCAUCAUCCGGAAACCGGUUUAAGAUGAAACUUAAAGAGCUCAGUAAGAGCACUGCAUCAUUUACUGCAUUUGACAAGAACUACCUCACCCCCUUUUUUACAAGUCAGAAUGGGGAUGAAGACGAGCAUGAUGAGCUUUUUGGUGAUUCUAGAGGAGGAGGCUACGGUUGACUGAUUUUGCUCAUGCUGCCAGAUAGAAUUGACUUCACAGUGGUAUAUGGUUAUAUGUUGCAUAUCAAGUUGGUCAUAUUACUGCUUCAGACCACAUCCUGUAUACAGCAACAGAAUUGUAGACUAGAGUAUUAGUUCAGAAACUUAGGGUUAGGAGUACCCAGUGCAACACCAAUCCACACCUUUUAAUCAGCCCAAGCUAGAUUCUGUACAUGACGUAUGAAAUUGCCUCUUGAGAUAGGGACAUGUGAUGGAGAUAAUUUUAAUCUUUUUAUUAAUACUCGCUGUUUAAAAGUGCUAAUGUAUUUGGGGUGGAGAGGGUAGACUCUUAUGAACUACUAAAUCAAGUCUGUUAAGAUUUGGGCAAAAAGUAUUUCUGGGUUGGCCACCUUCUUUCCCUGUCAGUCUCACUAUACUGGAAGGAAGACAGCUACCGAUGAAAAGCCGUCUUUGAGGGGUCCCUUUCUGAAGGGGAAAUGCUGUUGGAAUGCCCAAAUCUGAUGCUGCUGAAGACACUAUAUCUAUUUACUUUAAGCCUUUGCUGUAUUCUUAUACCAAUCAGGUGUUCGUUUUUCAGCAAUUGUGGUGAAGUGAAAUUUGAAAGUAUUGAAUUUUAUUCAUAUUUUUCAA